UGCACGUGCAGGCAGCCGGCGUACGUCAUGGCGGCCCGACGCCUCAUCGGGGCUACCCGGAGCUGGGCCGGUUGGCGGGCCCGGGAACUCCCGGACCCUGCCACUCCUGGGAGACUCCAUGUACGAGAUUAUGCCAAGAGACCGGUCAUUAAGGGUGGCAAAGGAGGCAAAGGCGGUGUGGUCAGUGAGGCUCUGAAAGACCCAGAAGUGUGUACAGACCCCGUCCGGCUCACCACGCACGCCAUGGGUGUCAACAUCUACAAGGAGGGCCAGGAUGUGGUCUUGAAGCCGGACGCCGAGUACCCGGAGUGGCUGUUCCAGAUGAAUGUGGGCCCCCCCAAGAAGCUGGAGGAGCUGGACCCUGAGACCCGGGAGUACUGGCGGCUGCUGCGGAAACACAACAUCUGGCGUCACAACCGGCUGAGCAAGAACCGGAAGUUCUAGCAGGGGAGGGACCGGAGCACCUUGACUUUCCAAGGACUUUUUAUUUUCCAGAAAAAACAGACUUUUCAGAGAACAAAGGAGACCCCAUCACUAGGGUUCCUGGGUGGCCCCCACAGAGAGGCUAGAUCAGGGUCCUGGGGGCCAAUAAAGACUUCGGGGCGACUGUU